ACAAAAAAAAAACGGUGGAAUUAAUUAAAAAUGAGUUCAAUCGACUUCAACAUGCCAAAGACGGAACAAAUUCUUUUGCUUCUAGAAGAACUAUGUAGUCUUUCUUAUCCCCAAGUACAACAAAAAUUAAACAAAUACAUACAAACUGCAACAGACACGAAAUUGUCUUUUCUUAUACCAAUUUUAGUCGAAUCAGAGGAGAUGGUAAUCCAUGUAAUAGGAGAAAAAAUUUUAGAUAGAGAAUUAAGGUUUCCUGUAUCAAAUAAUGUUUUACGUAAAGCUAUACAAAACAGAAAGCCAACUACUACGGAUAUAGCAAUGCUUGAUGAAGAAUUACUACAUCAUCUUCAACCAAUAUGUCCAGUAUCAAAUUCGUUUCUAACAAUUCCUAUACAACAUCCUAAGCAGAACCAUAUAGCGUUGCUAGUUUCUUUGAUUGAUAAUGAUACAGAAAAUGAAACUACAUGUAAAUGUGCAAUAGUACAAGAAUGUUUUAAAUUUUGCCUAAGAUUUCUUCUAAAUUCAUUUAAAUGUUAUGAGGAAACUCGAUUGAAACACCAGUGUCAAAAGUUGCUUGCCGUUUCUAGGAAACUUUUCCUACAUUUAGGAGAUUUCUCUGAUCUAUUGAGAGAAAUAAUGGCUGAAGCCAGGAACUUGACAAAUGCAGAACGCUGUUCAUUAUUUUUAUUAGAUCCUGAUCAACAGGAUCUAGUUGCUAAAGUGUUUGAUGGUAUUGCUAUGAAAGAAUCUGUAAAAGAAAUGAGAAUACCAAUAGGACAAGGCAUAGCAGGUCAUGUUGCAACUACUGGAAAAGUGCUUAAUAUUAGAAAUGCAUAUGAACAUCCUCUUUUCUAUCGUGGUGUAGAUGAAGUAACAGGCUUUAGAACUAGAAAUAUUUUAUGUUUUCCAAUUAGAGAUGAAAGUGGAAUUGUAGGAGUUGCACAGCUUUGUAAUAAAAAAGAUGGAUUAUACUUUGAUGUCUUUGAUGAAGAAGUUGCAACAGCAUUUAGUAUCUAUUGUGGUAUUUCUAUAAUGCAUAGUAUUGUUUAUAAAAAGAUGCAAGACGCUCAAGCACGAAAUAAACUUAGUAACGAAAUAAUGAUGUACCACAUGAAGGUGGAAGAAGACGUUGUUCAAGAGAUAUUGGGUUGUAAGGAUGAACAUAAUAUAAAAGAUUUUAAUAAAUUUGAAUUUAGUCCUAGAGGUGUACCUUACAAACAUAUGCCUUGUUACACGAUUAAAAUGUUUAAUGAUUUAGGUCUUAUUAAUUAUUGGAAACUGAAAUUAUCAACUUUAACGAGAUUUAUAUUAUAUGUAAAGAAAGGAUACAGAGAUGCACCAUAUCAUAACUGGAUACAUGCAUUUUCUGUUGCACAUUUUGGAUACUUAUUAAUACAAAAUUUAAAUCUUAUUAAUGAGAAUUAUAUGACACAUUUGGAAGCUUUAGUUUUUCUAGUGUCAUGUUUAUGUCAUGAUAUAGAUCAUAGAGGGACAAAUAAUGCAUUUCAAACUAAACGUUCUACGGUUCUAGCUAGUCUUUAUAGUUCUGAAGGUUCCGUAAUGGAGAGACAUCAUUUUGCGCAGACCAUGUGCAUUUUAAAUAAAGAAGGGUGCAAUAUAUUUGAAAACGUUAAUAGUGAAGAGUAUAGUGAAGCAUUAGAUCUACUGAAAAAUAAUAUACUUGCAACCGACUUAGCAUGCCACUUUCGAACGGUAGGCAAACAGGAAGAGAUGGUUAGAAGUAAAUUUGACCAAAAUGACUCUGAACGAAAGAGAUUAUUUCUUAAUAUGCUUAUGACAUGUUGUGAUCUUAGUGAUCAGACUAAGCAGUGGAAAGUUUCUAAAAAAACUGCAGAACAAAUUUAUGAUGAAUUUUUUUCACAAGGAGAUUUAGAAAAAAGUAUGGGUAGUUCCCCCAUAGAAAUGAUGGAUAGAGAACGAGCAUCUAUACCAGACCUACAAGUUCAAUUCAUUACAAAUAUAGUCCUUCCACUUUUUAUUAAUCUUUCUACAUUAUUUCCAAUGGUACAACCACUUGUUGACGUGCUGAAAGAAAAUCGAGCUUUAUGGGAAGUGUCUAAAAGCAUAUUUCAAAAAUAUAUGAAAGCAGGAACAAAAGGUAUUGCUAUCCUACUGGAUCCUACUUUUGAGGAAGAAGUAUUACAACUUUAUGCUCAAAGUAAUACAGAUUUCUCAAGAAAUUCUACUAUCAAAUUAGAAUCAAAUGAAACAACAAAUAAUAGUAGGUAUACAAUAAAAUAAAUACACGAUAUUUUUACCAUGAAUAUAAAAGUUUUUAAAAUAUAUAAAUCAUAAGAUUUUUUAAAUUCAAAAGCAAUAGAAAAGGCCUAUUAAUCACUAGAUAUACAAAAAAUUUAAAAAAUUUAUUUAUUGCAAGAACGCAGGCGUUCUAAAACUGUUUAUUAUAAAUUUCAUGUACAGUGAAAUGUUAUAUUUAUUAUAUAUGUACAUAAGUAUGUUAUAAAUUAUAAGUAUUUUAUUCUUUAAAA